AUGGCAAAUGUACCGACGCGAUUUUUGAAGCAAUAUGGGUCGCGCAUGAAGGACGAGUUGGGGCGUGGCGCCGAUGUAUGGACAUUCUUUAGCCCUAUGGUCUUUCCCCACGCUGUGAAUCUCGGCCAGGGCUUUAUGAACUGGCAGCCGCCCAAAGCGAUCUUGGAGAAGAUGGCCGAAGAUGUGCAGAAGCGUGUGGACGUGCAUCACUAUUCACCAGCGCGUGGCCGUCCGAGAUUGCUGGAGGCGAUCAGUGAGAUGUACUCGGCGAGCUUCCGCAAGCCUGCGCCAGAGAGCACGGACGUCGCGGAGGGUGUGGUGGAGCGUGAUGCCCAGGGAUGGCCUGUACAGCGCCCGGAUCUAGGCAUCAAGCUGGACACCAAGUCGGAAAUCGCCGUGACGGCAGGUGCAAACGAAGGCAUGUACUCGAUCUUGACAGCUUUCUUGGAGCCAGGAGACGAGGUGAUUCUGAUCGAGCCUUUCUUCGAUCAGUACGUGUGUGAGACGACAUUCAACGGCGGAACACCUGUAUAUAUUCCUAUGAUCCCUCCGCCUGCAGGCAAGCGCGUGACGACGGGUAACGAUUGGCAGUUUGAUUGGGAUGCGCUUGAACAGGCAAUGUCGAGCAAGAAAGUCAAGGCGAUGUUCUUCAACACGCCCUACAACCCGAUUGGCAAAGUCUGUACGCUGGAGGAGCUACAGCGUCUGGCCGAUCUCUGUAUCAAGUACGAUAUCCUGGUGAUUGCCGACGAAGUAUACGAUUGCUUGACGUACGAUGGUCAUGAGCACAUCCGCAUGGCGUCCAUCUCUGGUAUGUGGGAGCGUACCAUCACAGUUGGCAGUGCCGGCAAGUCGUUCGCCUGCACAGGCUGGCGUGUUGGCUGGCUCAUGGGUCCGGCUCAUUUGGUGACCCCAGCUUUCACGGCGCACCUGCGCAUUACCUUUACAGUCAACUCGCUCGCCGCCGAGGGCGCGGCAAUGGGGCUAGAGUUGGCCAAGACCAGUGACUUUUUCAAAAAGCAGGUGGAUGAGUACGAUGUGCGUCGACAUGAGCUAUUGGCUGUGCUCGACGAGGUGGGCCUGCCAUACUCGGUGCCGUUUGGCAGCUACUUUGUGCUCGUCGACGCGUCGCGCAUCCAGAUUCCCGCAGACUUUGAGCUUCCGCCGGAAGUGAAACGCAAGCCGCGUGACUACCAUGUGUGCUGGUUUAUUGCAAAGACGUGUGAUGUGGUCGUGCUACCUGCUACCGCUUUCUACUCCGAGCAGCAUGCCCACAUCGGUGAGCGUUUCAUUCGGUUUGCCUUUUGCAAAGACAAUCAAAUGGAGGAAGCGUCGAAGCGCUUGCGCCAGUUGCAGCCGUUCCUGUCGACGGACGAUCGUACUCCGUAG